AUGACUAAUAUAAAUAAUGAACAAAUUAAUUCUCUUACACGUGAUCUUGAAUUAAUGCGUGAACGUUAUCUUAAAUUAGUUGAUAUACAUGGACAAUUACAAACACAAAAUAGUUUAUUAGAAGAACGAAUUCUUUCUAUUGUUGAAACAUAUUCAAAUGAAAAAAGUCAAUUAGAACAAGAAUUAAUCGAUGCCAAACAAGAAAUUAUAAAUUUAAAAGAUACAAUUAAUGAAUUAGAAAUUGAAAAACAACGAUAUAAAGAUGAUUGUAAUUUAGCUGUUAGACUUUUACAUCGACAUCCACAUGAAUUUCUUUCUACAAAAUCAGAUUUUACACAAAAACAGCUGCAAAAUAAAAAUGAAUCAACAUUUACAACUCCAUCUACACAAUCUCAACAUACUAUAGUCAUACCUACUUUUCCACCGACAUUUGUAACAUCACUUCCAUUGUUCAAUACAACAAAUUCAUCAUCAACAAUUGUUACUCAAACUAAACCAAUAGCUAUUGAUAAUCUUCGUCUUGCUGAAACACUUUUCAAAUCAAAUACUGUUCAUCGUUAUCCUUCUACUCAUUUUAUUUGUUCAAAUUGUCAUCGAACAAUUAAAUGUUGUGAUGUAAGCAUUCAAACAUCUUUAGAUGAUCAUAAUACAAUAUCUCGAAUGCGUGUUAUAUCACAUACAACAUCGGAUGAUGAAUUUCAUGAUGACAAAGGAUGGAUAUCAUCUGAACCUCAUUGUACACAUAUGACAGUACAAGAAUAUCAAAUGGGAAAUACAAAAAAAGCAUUUCAAGAUACAGGAUUACCAUCUAAUUCAAUUCCUCAAAUGCAUCAUGUUUGA